CGCAAUUCAGUCCAGUCAUUGUUCGUCAAGUUCUGAACGUUCACGGUCGAUUGGUUUGUGGAGUCAAGAUGGCCGAGCAACAAAAAUUGUCGAAACGUCGCGAAAUGAACUGGCUGUACGUUCUGUUUCAGCUGCAGGUCAAUUCAUCGGCUGUUUUUGCCAUUGGCUAUCUGAUCAGCUACGGAUGUUUAUGGAAAACUGUUUUCUUUGGCAUUUUUCUGAUAAGUUUGGGCACUUUGGGGCAAUUUGCUGGAGCGCAUCGCCUUUGGGCGCACGCCUCCUAUAAAGCCAACACUGGAUUGAGGUUGUUUUUGAUGCUUUGCCAAACACUCGUUGGCCAUGGCUCGAUCUAUGAGUGGGUGCGCUGGCAUCGCCUCCAUCACAAAUACAUCGGCACGGACCUGGAUCCCUACAACUCGAAAAGUGGCUUUUUCCAGGCCCAGUUCAUCAGUUUGACCAUGGACUUAAGCCCCGCCCAGCAGGAGGCUUUGAAGGAAAUCGACGUUACCGACCUGGAGAAUGAUAAGAUAGUGAUGUUCCAGAAAAAGUGGUACAACAUGCUGUUCUUCCUGCUGGUGGCGCUGCUGCCAGUCAACGCGCCAUGCGAGUACUGGGGAGAGGGAAUCUUGACGUCGGCAAUGCUGAUUGGCUGGCUUCGCUAUGCUCUCACCUUGCACGCCACCUGGCUGAUUCACAGCGCAAUCAACAUCUGGGACUUGAAACUGGACGAAAAAUUCCCUGCCGACACCAACCUGGUCUUCAUCCUCACCAAAACUUACUGGAUUUCCUACCAUUAUCUGAGCCCCUGGGACUAUCAAGUGAGCGAGUUUGGCAAGUACGGCACUGACUGUGUGACCAAGUUCAUCAGAGUGUGCGCCGCCUUGGGGUAUGCCACCGACCUGAAGACGAUCAACAGCCGAAACGUACGUGAGGCUGUCAGCCGAUCGGUGAACGAAAAAUUGCCCAUCAGCCAAUGUUUGGCCGAGGGCAUGCAAGUGGUCGAGCCCAAUGGUGUAGCGUCCAAGAUUUGCUGCUCAUAGUUGCAGUUUCGUUAAAAAAUAUUUUUACUUAUUUAAUUUUGUUGUGUUUGUUUGAUUAAAAGAAGUUACUAGUCA